AUGACCAGCCAGAGUGAUUGCAAAGAAAAAAAAGCCACAGAAAUGGCUGGUGGUGGAUUCCAUGUGGAAUUUGGCAUCAAUGAAACUACCCUAACUCAGUCUUUGGAAAAAGGAGAAUAUGCAUUGGCUGAGAGCCUAAUUCGAGAGAACGCUAAUCCGUCUUACCUAGAUGAAGGAUGUUAUCAGAGAACUCCACUCUACAUCGUGCUGUGUGGCUUGGAUGCUGAAGAAUUGAAUGUGAAACCCAGAAAUUUGUUUUUAGCCAAACUUUGUAUUGAACGAGGAGCUAAUGUUAAUCACAGAGUCCCUAAGGUUUACUAUGGAUCUGAAUUUAUGGGUCCAGGAAAGUCCCCAAUGGAACUUUUGAUAGAUUUCUACAAUACAAUUACACGGUACCUGGAGUGGACAAAAAGUGACAGGUUAUCUGUGAACGAAUGCUGGAAUCCAUACAAUGACAUUGUCAUUGGUUUCAACAAUAAAAUUGUGGAAAAUCUUCAGGAAAUUAAAGAAACCUGUGAACAACUGAUGUUCAUCAUUCUUGCUCUUGGCGGUAAUCCAAAUGUCUGUGAUGAAGAUCAUCGAACACCUCUUCACAAUUUGGCCAUUCGGGGUUUUGACACGGAAAUGGCAAAGUUGCUGUAUGAAAAUGGUGGGAACCUGAAUGCUCUGGAUGAUGACAGGAACACUCCGCUUUUGUGCCUCUCGGAUAUUUCGAUUUGUGAGAUGGACAGCAAACGCCUUGAAGACUUGUCACCUACAUCGAGUGAUGAUACAAUUGAAGACAACCUGACGAUUGAAGGCAUGAAGAAUGAGUUCUUUCAAUUCUUUAUCAGGCAAAGAGACGUUGAUCUAAAUGUCAGGAAUCGAGAGGGCCAAACGGCACUGUUUCAUUGCAUGCUUCGAGGUGACCCCAACAGUUGUUACCAGUUGUUGAAAAGAGGUGCAGACCCUUCUAUCCGAGCAACUGUAAUGCAGAAUCCUAAACGAAAACGGAAGUUAUCUCCCUUGUUUUCCAUGUUUCUUUCCAUCUCGGCGCAGAAGGCACUCUGUUGGCUUAACAGCUAUCGACACCUGAUUGCUGUGCCCAAAAAAUUCUACCACCUCGUUGAUUCAGGAUUUUUCACAACUGCUGAUGUUCUAUCAGAACUUCAAGAGCUCCUAAGAGAAGAUUUUCCAGAGUUUGUCCACCUUAAUUCAAUUGCCAAACAACUCCUCCACAUGUUGUUUGGCCAAACAACAGCCUCGUUAAAACAGUUAACCACUCGGGUAAUCUUUGAGGAAUAUUUUCGUAAUAACAUUCGGCGGAUAGCUACACUCUUGUCCGACGAAACUAGGCUGAUCUAUGAAAACAUGUCCGACAUUUGUGACCAUGACAUUUACGAAGAGUUUGUGACCAUGGUCCUUAACAAGGAACUUCUUGGACGCUUCAUCAGACAUUUCUCUCUCCCUUACGAUUCUCUUUUAAACUUUGAGACAGAACUCUUGCUGCAAAGAAUGGUUGUGCUCUUCUCUUCCUUCCAAGUUGGCACCAUGAGUCUGUUGUUUGAGCGACAAAUUCCUUACAACAGCUCCAGCGAUGACUCAGAUCUCUUUGCCAAUGAAGAGGAAGGUGAUUCUGAUCUGGAAUAUUGGUAA